GUCGACGCAGGAAUGGAGACAGCCCAGCGUCGAGCGAGCAGCGCCCGGGAUGUGGGGAGCGCAGGGGCAUGGCGCGGCGCGUACGCACCAAAUUCCCCCGCCCCGCCCCGCCCCCCCGCCUCUUACCGCGCCCACCGCCGCUCGUUCCGCCCAUGACGACCCAACCCGACCGCGGCCCUGUGGCACACACCGCGCGGGUGUGUGUGUGUGUGUGCCUGGGGACAAUCAUGACGAUUACCUCCGCGUACAUCCGCUCGCUCUCCUUUGCGGUUAGCCGCUACCCACACACCCUUUCGCUGGCACCGAGAUAAAAUCGCUGGUAUUCUCCUCGCCGCGUCGGCGUCUGCGUGGUGGCUCUCUCGGCGUGUGUGCGAUCACUUCCACCGUGCCGCGGCCCGACAACAGAGCAAACACCCAACUUGCUGGAAUCGUUAAAUAAACACCGGAACGUCCACCACAAUCCCCUCGAUAACACAACGCACCCCGACACGCCAUGUCGCUGCUGCUCACGUCCCUCGCCCUCCUCGCGCUCGCCGCCCUCGCGCGCGCCGCGAACCAGACGCUGAUCGCGACCGCCAUCGUCACCGACCCGUCCACGAACGCGUCCGCCUUCGAGUGCUGGCAGCUCGCCGCCCCCUUCACCGUCUCCACCGGCGCCGGCACCGCGGGCGCCGCCACCCUCCAGCUCGGCGCCCUCGCCAACGCCACCUACACCGUCCUCCCGCCCCACUUCGAGGGCGGCGUCCACAACGCGCCUUUCCCUCAAUACGUCAUCUUCUCCGCCGGCCUCGCGCACGUCACCCUCCCCGCCUCCCCGGGCGUCGAAGCGUUCGUCGUGGGCGGCUCGCAGGGGCUCAUCGUCGCCGUCGACACCACCGGAUCCGGCCACAACACCUCCUACCCCUCCGCCGAGCAGACGAUCGCCUUCCAGGUCCCCUUCGCCGACGGCCUCGUCCCGGAUCACACCGUGCUCAACUCCGGGCCGUGUACGGGCUCGCAGAUCCAGUCCAGCUGA